CCCCUACGGAAAUUCCGGUUAACUUUCAUGCAAGAAACUGAGUCUGACAUAACACCUGCAGCUAGCAGAGGCAGAGGUUCAUUUUAUUACAGCACCCCGUUGCAUUCUGGGAGAGUGGAUAGAGACUGAGCAGUGGAUCUUUUUUAGUAGUACGGCAAUUUCUGGCACCCGAAAUCUCAUGUCGAAUAGCUAGUCUUCCGCUAUCGGUAGUAAUGGCGCUGACACGGUUCGAACGGUUCCUGGCCUCGAUACUGCGAGCGGUCGGGAUGCUGUUUGCCGUCUUCCAGCUGCUCGCUCAGCGGCGGGGAGCCGACAGGUCGGCGACGAGGCUCCCACCAAUCACCAACCCACUGUUGAGGGUCCCCGCGAUGCGGCUCGCCCGCAUGAUUCGACGGAGAGAGGUUACCAGUGUGGAGGUGGUACAGACCUACAUAGACCGCAUCCAAGAGAUUAACCCUCUCAUCAAUGCCAUGGUCAAGGACAGGUUUUCAUUGGCCCUGCAGGAGGCAGCCCAGGUGGAUAAGCUGAUAGAGGAGGAGACAGGAGGAGAGGAUGUUCUGGAGGACAGGCUUCCUCUACUGGGUGUCCCUUUCACUGUCAAAGAGGCCUUCUCCCUCCAGGGCAUGCCUAACUCCACAGGGCUGGUGUCACGGCGGGGGGUGAUUUCGGCAACGGACGCUCCCCCGGUGGCUCUGCUGAAGAGGGCAGGGGCCAUUCCUCUGGGGGUGACUAACUGUAGUGAGCUCUGCAUGUGGCUUGAGUCCCAUAACCACCUGUAUGGAAUCACCAACAACCCAUACGACCUGGAGAGAAUACCAGGAGGAAGCUCCGGAGGGGAGGGCAGUAUUUUGGGGGGCGGUGGUUCCGUGAUAGGGGUUGGCUCUGAUGUUGGGGGCAGUAUUCGCAUCCCAGCAUUCUUCAACGGCAUCUUCGGCCACAAGCCAACAUCAGGUGUAGUAUCUAACGUGGGUCAGUUCCCCCCGGCCUCGGGGCAGCAGCCUGGUUUCCUGUGUACAGGCCCAAUGUGUCGCUACGCCCAGGACCUGCUGCCCAUGCUCAGAGUUAUGGGAGGAGCCAACGCUGACAGGCUGUCUCUGUCGUCUGAGGUGGAUCUGAGGGAGAGACUACGGUUCUUCUCUGUUCCUCACGAUGGAGGCUCUCCUCUGGUGUCUCCUGUCGACCAGCAGCUAGUCCUUGCUCAGAGGAGGGUGGUAGAGCGUCUGGAGGCAGACCUGGGGGUCAAAGUUCAGCAGCUGAAAAUUCCUCAGCUAAAAUACUCCUUCCAGAUCUGGAGUGCGAUGAUGGGAGCCCCGGGGAAGGAUGGAAAGGUAUGUAUCUAUUUCCCACAUCUGGUGUUUGCAGAGCUGAUGUCUGACCAUGGGAAGAAGGUGUGGCCUCUAUGGGAGAUGGCUAAGGAUCUACUCUGGACUGUGGGACUCUCCAAGCACACCGUGGCUGCUCUAGGUCUGGUCCUGGUAGAGAUGUUCCAGAGGUCCCAGCCCACCCAGUUCAUCCUGCAGCAGAAGGAGUCUCUCCAGAAGGACCUGGAGGAACUGUUGGGGACAGACGGGGUGCUGCUCUACCCCUCUCACCCGCACCUCGCCCCCAAACACCACCAUCCCCUCUUCACCCCCUUCAACUUCUCCUACACUGGUAUCUUUAACAUUCUGGGUCUUCCGGUGACCCAGUGUCCGUUGGGGCUGAGCGCGGAGGGUUUACCCUUGGGACUGCAGCUGGUAGUGGGGAAGCAGCAGGACCGUCUCUCCCUGGCCACCGCUGUGUUCCUGGAGAAGACCUUCGGUGGUUGGAGAGACCCGGGGAGCAUCGCCACGGCCACCACCCAGCUAGAUACCUGGCGCGGGGCGUCGACGACCGCAUCGUGAAUAUACAGAGAUGUUUAUUCUGGGAUGAAGGACAGUCCUAGAAGACAGAGGAAUGUAUGCACUGACACAGACAGGCAGACACACUCACACUGUCUGUUUGCACAUGCCGUCCUGUCAGUCGUCCAGCCUUCUCAUUCGUUCUUUAACAACAGAACUGUCGUCAGGUUACUGAGUCACUCGUCCACUACAGUAUGUCUGUUGUGUCUUCGUCACAAAGUGCCCUAUGCUUGUCCAAAGAGCCUUUAUGUGUCCUGUCAUUGUGUGUUCCUGGCUUGUGUCCCAAAUGACUCCCUAUAUAGUACACUACAUUUGACCAGAGCCCUAUUCCCUACAUAGUGCCCUACAUUUGACCAGAGCCCUAUUCCCUUCAUAGUGCCCUACAUUUGACCAGAGCCCUAUUCCCUUCAUAGUGCACUACUUACAUAUUGCACUACUUUGGGUCCCGGUCAAAAGUAGCGCACUAUAUCGGGAAUAGGGUGCCAUUUGGGAUGCAGGUGGUGACUGUCCGACAGCUAUAUGUUGCGUCAGGGUUUUGAUGUGUAAUGUCCAAUAAGGUUUUCUCUCUCCACUGUAUUUGUCCACCACUAACGAGACGUUGGAACCUGAUUGGAGAGAGACGGUAUUAUGAGAAGGUCAUGUGUUAUGGUGUAGUCCAUGUUCAAAUGACGGGUAAUUGAUGGGUGAUGUGAUAUACCACCACGUCUCUUCAAUGACUGGCGCUUUUUCAACAAGUUAACGUGAUCUACUGUAUAAAGACAUGUGCACAUUAUGAUCAUUUGAAAGGAUAUCGUUGAUAAUGUUUCAUAUUAAAUGUCAAUGGUUACUGUCCUACAAUUAUGCCAGAACAAAUAUUAUAAUAAAAUGUACAUUCUACUGAGGACAACAUUGUA